CCGCUCGGCCGUUAGUGACGCUGAGGCCGGAGGAGGAAGUCGAUCAGCGCGGGUCCAGCUCCAGUGCAGCUCCAGUCCAGCUUCAGUGCAGCUCCAGUCCAGCUUCAGUCCAGCUUCAGUGCAGCUCCAGUGCAGCUUCAGUGCAGCUCCAGUCCAACACAGUCUCCAGGAGGAACCCGCCGCAGCAUCAUGUCUGAGGGCGACAACAAGAGCGCCAACAUGCUGGCCCAGGAAACAGCCCAGCUGGAGGAGCAGCUGCAGGGCUGGGGUGAGGUGAUCCUCGCCGGGGAUCGAGUCCUGCGCUGGGAGAAGCCCUGGUUCCCUGGGGUCCUGAUGGGCGCCACCACCAUGCUCUUCCUAAUGAUCUACUACCUGGAUCCAUCAGUGCUGACUGGACUCUCCGGCACUGUCAUGUUGCUCUGCCUGGCGGAUUAUCUGGUGCCCACCCUCGCUCCCAGGGUCUUCGGCUCCAAUAAGUGGACCACUGAGCAGCAGCAGCGUUUCCAUGAGAUCUGCGGAAACCUGGUAAAGACCCAGCGUCGGGUUGUGGGCUGGUGGAAGCGUCUUAUCGACCUCAAGGAGGAGAAGCCCAAAAUGUACUUUGCCUCCGUGAUCAGCAGCCUGCUGGCAGUGGCCUGGAUCGGACAGCAGGUGCACAACCUGUUCCUCACCUACCUGAUCGUGAGCUUCCUGCUGCUGCUGCCCGGCCUCAACCAGCACGGCGUCAUCUCCAAGUACAUCGCCAUGGCCAAGAGGGAGAUAAACAAGCUGCUCAAACAGAAGGAGAAGAAGAACGAGUAAAUGAGAGUGUGGAUGAAGAGGAGAAUCUCUGAAAGAUGAACUACGACACAAAAUGGAAGGUGGAAGGAAGUGUUGAGAAAGGGCCUCCUGUUUUCUCGUCUCCGCCACAGAGCGAGACACUUUUUUUUUUUUUUCUUCACGUGCUGAAUAAGUGUCACUUCUCUCUCACUAUUUGACGUUUCAUCACCUUUUUUUUUUUCUCAUGAAUUUGCGAUGCAUGCAGCCACAUGAAGGUUCAGACACACACACACGUUUAUCUAAAGCAGCAGCACGUUCACACACAUACACAAGUUUAAAUCCUCCUCCUGUCUCUUGUUUUAAACGUGCUUUGUUUUAAGAUGUUAGUGAUGCUUUUAAGCCAUUCCCUCUUCAUGGACAAAGUGACUACUGAGCAGUUUUUGUAGCAUUACGGCAUCAUAUUCUCAGAUUCCUCACUGUAGUUGUUUUGUUUUUUUUGUCAGAUGAGAACAGGUCAUUAGUGUUUUUGCUUUAUUUGUAUUUUACGUGGCGCUAAAACAGAACUGGAUUUAAAGCUGAGCUCAUCAGGAGUUCAACAGUGUCUAGAUGCAGACAUGCUGCUGCUAGCUGGACUCUGGUCUAUUAGCUCUUAUAUUAAACCACACAGUGUUUCAUUGGUGUGGGGUGUUUCUGUGUAAAUAGACCUAUCCCCCCCUCCCCCGUCCCUGUCAGUCAACCUUUUCUCUAUUCUUGUUAUUUAUGUGUUCUUUCCUCUUCAGUCUGAUCACUGUCUGUCAGCUCAUUUCAUUAUUUGUCUUUAUUGGAGAUCUUUAUGGAAACAAAUAAAGUUUGAUUUAAGUGAAAA